AUGGCAAAUAUCGAGAAACUUCAGUUUCCGGCCUUAGAAAUAACUGGGGCAAAUUACACGGCGUGGAUAACUAAUAUGGAGCUUCAUCUAGAUUCAGAGAAAAUACUCGACACAAUAAAAGAAGGAAACAAAACGGCAUCUCAUGAAAAGGCUAAGGCCGUAAUAUUUCUGAGAAAGCACCUAGAUGAAAACCUUACGCAUGACUAUGCAAGGAUAAAAGAUCCUCUAGAUCUUUGGAAAGCCCUAAAGGAGAGGUUUGAUAACCAGAAGAAAAUAACUCUUCCCCAUGCACUCGAUGAAUGGGCGAACCUGCGGUUUCAAGAUUUUGAAAAGGUGGAAACGUACAAUUCCGCUAUAUUAAGGAUAGCGGCGCAAUUAGAAUAUUGCGGUAAGCCCGUGACGGAAGCAGAAAUGCUUGAGAAAACUUACCAAACGUUCCACAAAAACCAUUAUGUUCUACAAGAACAAUACAGAAACCGUGGAUACACGAGGUUCUCUGAACUCGCUGUAGCGCUCAUGAUAGCGGAGAAAAAUAAUGAACUCCUUAUCAAAAACCACAAUAUCCGACCCACAUGA